UGCCAAUAUAAACUCUUCCCACUGACCUAGUUCAGCAGCAGAGAAACAAAGCUCUCAACAGACGACUUCCUCAAACUUUUUUUUUGACUUUUGAGCAUAAGGAUGUUGUCGUGUGUGUGUGUGCUGCUGCUGGCUGCCUCAGCUCUGGGCUACCUGGAUGAAGCGUCACUGGACGCUCAGUGGGACCAGUGGAAGAUCACUCACAAAAAAGAGUACAACGGCCUGAAUGAAGAAGGGAUCCGCAGAGCCAUUUGGGAGAAGAACAUGCGUAUGAUUGAAGCUCACAACCAGGAAGCAGCGCUGGGCAUGCACUCCUAUGAGAUGGGGAUGAACCACCUGGGAGACAUGACGUCAGAGGAAGUGGCUGAGAAGAUGACCGGCCUCCUGGUGCCGAUGAACCGUGAGCGUGGUUUCACCAUGGUCCUGAACGACACCGUGUCCAGACUUCCCAAAUCAAUCGACUACCGCAGGAAGGGCAUGGUGACCUCUGUGAAGAACCAGGGCUCCUGCGGCUCCUGCUGGGCAUUCAGUUCUGCCGGGGCUCUGGAGGGCCAGUUGGCCAAGAAGACGGGUCAGCUCAUUGACCUCAGUCCCCAGAACCUGGUGGACUGCGUCAAGGAGAACGAUGGCUGUGGAGGAGGAUACAUGACCAACGCCUUCAACUACGUGAAGGAAAACGGAGGCAUUGAUUCUGAGGAAGCCUACCCGUACGCCGGACAGGAUGAGCCGUGCCGCUACAACUCGUCGGGCAUGGCGGCUCAGUGCAAAGGCUACAAGGUGGUGCCGGAAGGCGACGAGCACGCUCUGGCUGUGGCUCUCUUCAAAGUGGGCCCGGUGUCGGUGGGCAUCGACGCCACACAGAGCACCUUCCUCUACUACAGUAAAGGCAUUUAUUACGACAAAAACUGUAACAAAGAAGACAUCAAUCACGCCGUCCUGGCUGUCGGCUACGGCGUGAGCCCAAAGGGAAAGAAGUACUGGAUCAUCAAGAACAGCUGGGGCGAGAGCUGGGGCAAAAGCGGCUACGUCCUGAUGGCGCGUAACCGGGGCAACCUGUGUGGCAUCGCCAACCUGGCCAGCUUCCCCGUCAUGUGAGGAGACGAGCUCUGAGGGAAAGAAGGCGCUACACAGAUUACUGCCAAACCACUACAAUCCAACGCUUUCCAAACUGGAUUAACUUCAGUCUAAAACAAAAGACUUUUACAUGUUCCUCUGUGAUUCCAACGUUGUUCUAAAUGUUUGAUUGGAAAUUUUUUCAAGCAAUAUUUGUAACCUUUGAGGGUUUUUUUAUUUCUCUAAAUCAGCAGGUCUGAACUCUAAUCUGCUACAAAAAAAUCUGUUUUUGUACAACAUGAGAGUGUUUUUUUUUAGGUAACUUCAAAUCUCUGAUUUAAUGUCAAAGCUCUAAGUCAAGAUAAUAAAUGUAAGGGACGCAACAGCACAUUGAACAUCACUUUUAUUGUAGUUUAUAGCGUCAGACUGUAGUUUUUGUUACAUUUUGAAUGAAAAAACACACAAAAACUAUAUAUUGCUGGGCAAUGUGGGUACUUUUGUUUCUGCUGAUCAUGUGUGUAGUUUUCUGUUCAAGCACUUUUCUAAUGAUUUAAAGAAACUGAUGUUUUUUUUUUUUUUAUGAAAGUGAAUAAAACUUUCAUUUGGAAGGUGAA